AUGAAUCUCAAGGAGCUGGACGAAAAGGCCAAGUAUGUCUUUGACACCAAAGACCGGGUCGCAGACAAGUUCUUCGAAUCAAUGUCCCCCAAGCCACGCAAGUUGAUGAAGUUCCUCUUCUCGCCAGACUAUGACUACAGCUCUGCCACCGAGAACUUUGACCCCAAUGACACCGUGGAUGAUCUGCAGCUGACCCAUUCGGAAAUCGUCCGAAAGGUAUGGAAUAAGAAGCAACUCAUCAUGGGCUGGGGCUUUCUGCUCUUCAUGUCGCUGGUAUCUACCAUCAUGUCCUCUUCUUUCCCCUCUUACAUUGUCUACGCCUCUUCCGAGUUCUCCCAGAUGGGCGCCCUGGCUUCUGUUCAGAUUGUGCAGUCCUGUAUCUUUCUCAUCGCCCGGGCUCUGUGCGGUAAGUUGGCCGACAACUUUGGCCGGUUCGAGGCUAUGUUCAUCUCUGUUUGCUCUCUGACCGUCGGAUGUGGCCUGUACAUGGGAACACACAACAUUGUCACCUACUUUGCCGCCCUGGCCUUCUACUCCAUCGGAGACAUUGGUAUCCAGAUGAUGUACGAGAUCUUUGCCGCAGACACCUGUGAUCUGCGAGACCGAACAUUCUUCCAGACCAUCACUCUGUUUGCCAACCUCUUCACUCCCUGGAUUGCAGGUCCCAUGGUCCAGUCAAUGCUCCAACACUCCACCUGGCAGUGGGGCAUGGGAAUGUGGGCCAUCAUUGUGCCCGUGUGCUCAAUUCCCUUCCUGGUGACUCUGCUCUAUUUCCGAAUCAAGGCUUACAAGAUGGGUCUGCGAAUACGACGAGGAGACCCCAAUCGAACCUGGUGGCAGAACACCAUCACCGGAAUCAUCAGAAUGGAUCUGCCCGGCCUGUGUUUCCUCUGUGCUGGUCUCAUUCUCUUCUUUGUGCCCAUCUCUUUCUGUGCAGGUACAGACAACUGGAAGCAGCCCGGAAACAUUGCCAUGCUGACGGUCGGCACCUUCCUGCUCUACGUUGCCUUCCCGCUGUGGGAGUUCUUCGUCACCAAACACCCCUUUCUCAAGUACAAGCUCAUGUCCAAGCGUCUGGUGACAAUUCCCGGCUUCAUCAUUCUCUUCUACAACAUGUCCUUUGCCAUCUACCACCCCUACUUCCAGGUCUGGCUCCUGCUGGCCAAGGGUCUCAAGCAGGCAAAGGCCACCAACUUGCACAUGGCCAUGUUUGUGUCACUGACCGGAACCACCCUUCUCUUUUCGCCGCUCAUGCGAUGGCGAGCCAAGCUCAAGUCCGUCAUGGUCUGGGGUACUAUUCUGUACUUCAUUGGAAUGGGACUCACCUACGAGUUCCGAAAGCCCGAGAAACCCCUCCACACCAUGAUUCUGGCUCAGGUAUUUGAGGGUGUGGGAGCCGGUCUGCUUGUCAUUCCCGUCAUGGUUUACAUCCAGGUCGUGUGCAAGCAGUCCGAUGCUGCCGCCGCCAUCACCGUCUACUACUUUUUCAAUUCCACCGGUACCAUUCUCGGUAACGUCAUCUCGGCCGCUGUGUACCGAAACCAUUUCCCCAAGCUGCUUCGAGAAACAGGGUCCUUUACUGACCGGGAGAUCCAGGCCAUUUUCGGCUCCAUCUACGCCGGUCUCAGAUACCCCGUGGGCUCCCCCCAAAGAGCGGCCAUUGGAACCUCGCUCAACACCGUCAUCCGAUCACUGCUCAUCGGCCCUCUCAUUCUCUGUGCCAUCAUGUUCUGCCUCUCUCUGACCAACGCAGAUAUCAAUCUCGAUACCGCCCAGCGAAUCAAGGAGGAGUCCGAGCAUGUCAAGGCCGACGAGUCCACCGACGAUAACGGACUGGUCGUGGAGACAGACUCAAUCGAGAAGCCGCCCUCCUACGACGAGAAGAAGCAAGUCGAGGAGAUGGUCCAGAAGGCCUGA